ACAUGAGUGAGGGUCAGAGGCUGAGAACAAGCACCCCGGGGUGGGGGGACACACUGAGCAGAGCACGCUGGGCACCGCCCUCAGACGGGACCCUGGAGCCAGCAGACACUGCCCAGGGAAACUGCCCCGGGAUGUGAGUGCGUGAAGCAUAGGCCCACGGCCCCAGUCAGUCACCAAACAAACGACAGGCCUAUUUGACGCAUAAGGGCAGCAUAGGCCUUAUGCCCACAGCAAUGAUUCAUACAGGUUUACAACAUCAAAUAAUUUGGCCUUGUCAACCCAACUGCCACCCACUGGAUGAUAAACUCCUGCCAGAACUGCUAAAGGAAGCGGGAUAUGUUACCCAUAUGGUAGGGAAGUGGCAUCUAGGCAUGUAUAAAAAAGAGUGCCUUCCAACCCGCAGAGGAUUUGAUACAUACUUUGGCUAUCUUCUUGGAAGUGAAGAUUAUUAUUCUCAUGAGCAUUGUGUAUUCAUCAGUGCAAAGAAUGUAACACGCUGUGCCCUUGAUUUUCGAGAUGGGGAAGAAGUUGCAGCUGAAUUUAAAAACAAGUACUCCGCUCGUGUAUUUACAGAAAGAGCUAUUGAUCUUAUUGCCAGCCAUAAGACUGAAAAGCCUCUCUUUCUCUACCUUGCUCUUCAGACUGUUCAUGAACCUCUUCAGGUUCCUGAGGAAUACAUGAAACAAUAUGACUUCAUUAAAGAUGAGAAAAGGCGCCAGUAUGCAGGAAUGGUAUCUGUUAUGGAUGAAGCUGUAGGUAACCUCACUGCAGCCCUAAAGAGUUAUGGCCUUUGGGACAACACUGUUCUCAUUUUCUCUACUGAUAAUGGAGGACAGACACUGGCAGGUGGAAAUAAUUGGCCACUAAGAGGAAGAAAAUGGACACUUUGGGAAGGAGGAGUAAGAGGUGUAGCUUUUGUUGCAAGCCCUUUACUGAAACAGAAGGGCGUAGAAAGUCAUGAACUUAUACACAUUUCUGACUGGCUGCCAACACUUGUAAACCUUGCUGGAGGACAUAUAAAUGGCACCAAACCCCUGGAUGGCUUCGAUGUUUGGAAAACUAUCAGUGAAGGAAACCCUUCCCCCAGGCUGGAGCUGCUUCAUAAUAUAGAUCCAAUGUUUGUGGACAAUUCCCCAUGUCUUGGUAUUGACAACAGGACAUCUUUACCCCAGGAUAAUGUUUUUUCAUGGGACAAUUCACUCUUCAAUUUAUCUAUACAUGCUGCAAUUCGACAUGGAAGAUGGAAGCUACUAACUGGAUAUCCAGGCUGCAGUCACUGGUUCCCACCACCAUCUUUGGUCAGUGAGUCAACAAUCCCUUCACCUGACCCACCAACAAAGAAUCUUUGGCUUUUUGAUAUUGUUCAGGAUGCUGAGGAGAGAAAUGAUUUGUCUGAAAAAUAUCCUGGUAUUGUGAAAAAAAUGCUCUCUCGGCUUCAAUACUAUUAUAAACAGUCUGUGCCUGUGUUCUACCCUGAUGAAGAUCCCCGGUGUGACCCAGAAGCAACUGGAGCCUGGGGGCCUUGGAUGUAGAAUACCUCACUGCAGUCUGGAAGUUAUGCCUGUGGUGAAGUCGUGUGGUAGACUCAGGGUCUUAGUCUGAUCAUUUUUAACCUUGUUUGUUUUACUCCUGUAACUGAUUUUAUCCCUUAAAUAUUCAAUUCUGCUUGCUCUUAAGAAGUAUUGGAGAUCUAAUUUUACUCCAUUUGGCGCGUUGUUAAAAUCAUAAAUCUGUUGUUUGGCUAUUCUUUGUCGGUGACAUCUCUCUAAAUUGGUACCUUCUUCCCUACCGCUUCAGCUAGAAAGUUCUAAUGAGUCAUAGAGGCAGGACCAUCCAGACUUCAAAUAUGAAAGGAGGAAUUAAUUAUUGAUUUUAUGCCUGCCACAAGACAAAUCUUACUAGUGGAAGACACUCUAUAGUAAAGAAACAGAUAAAGAAAACAGGUGUGACUUUGUUUUUUCACCUUUUCCAUGUAAAUCUGACCCUCAGUAGGAAUGCUUAGAAAUCUGUAGGAGGACAGACCUCUUCUCACAAUACUGCAAUCCCCAUCGUCAUUGUUACCAUAUAGCGGAGCAUUACUCUGAUUAAUUGCUGAUCUCACUUCUUUGGGGAUAUUCCAUUAUUAUUAACAGCAACCAUUGUCUUUAUCUAAAAGCAGACUCUGAGUUUAUGAUGAAAUCAAGACAAGCACCCCCUGUGGGCCACUUAGCAAAUUGCUAGAGUGGCCAAGUACCUAAGGGCCCCUAUACAUGUGCAUUGAGGCUGCUCUGACAUGCUGUAAUUACAGCACGUUGGAGCAGACUCAAUUAAUAGGAACGUGGUAAUUACCGUGCUCCAACAGACUCCAGAGUCAUGUGUAUCAGCAUCCCUGCACUGA